UUUUGGCUAGCUACAUCAACCCUAGAUACCCAUCAUGGAGAAGUAUCAAAUGUUCUUUCCUUGCUCCUCAUCAGCUAAUUAUCCAAACCCUAACUCCACAAAUACAGAUCAUCAUCAUAUGGGAAGCUCUCACGUUUACACGAAUAACUUUGAUGGGCGUGUUGAUCAAACUUCAGAUGGGUUGUUGCGCUUGAGUUCGACGACGAAAACGGAAGACAACGUUGGAUCAUCGUCAGGUGAAGUAUUAGUUCAUAAAGAUGGUCAUCCGUACCAACAAUAUUAUCAGCAGUAUUAUCCGAGUGCAAAUGCAAGCAUGAAUAAUAUUGUUGUUGGAGGUGAUCAGAGCAGCGUCGAUCCUCAUCGGGCCAAUAAUAAUUAUUCAGAGAAAAAGAAGAAGGGGGAGAAGAAGAUGAAGAAGCCAAAAUAUGCUUUUCAAACAAGAAGUCAGGUCGAUGUACUUGACGAUGGCUAUCGGUGGAGAAAAUACGGUCAAAAAGCUGUGAAAGCCAACAAGUUUCCCAGAAGCUACUACCGAUGCACGUAUCAAGGGUGCAAUGUUAAAAAACAAGUCCAACGCCUAAACAAGGACGAAGGCAUUGUGGUGACUACUUACGAAGGAAUGCACACCCAUCCCAUCGACAAGCCAUCUGAUAAUUUUGAACAUAUCUUGAGUCAGAUGCAAAUUUACACCCACAUCUGAAAUUAUAAUUAAGUAUUCAUUCAUUCAGUUUACAUAAUUUCCGUAUAUAUAUUUAUAGAAAUAUCCAAGUAAUGUGCUUGCUUGCUUUUGUAAAAGAAAUUGCACUCAUCAAUAUUAUUAUGGAGUUUUGUGCUAUAUAUAUCUUAAUUGACUAGGCGGUGGCCAGUGGAUUUAUUGACUGGUUUUGCUAUGCUAA